AUGGUACACUCGGGUCUUCCUUCCAUUCCCAAAUUCCUUUCUAUUUGCCUCCCCUCUGGACUACGGAGAAGCGGUGGCCAGCAACGGGGGUUCCUUAUUUCUUCGAGGACCCAUUUCUCGUCUGGGUGCCCCUCUGGCUGGGAUGGAGUUUGGAUGAUAGCGCCUUUCCGCUCUACCCCUCUGUUCCUCAGGUUCAUUUUUAUCCCGACCAGUUCGUCCAGUUCCUUCCCUUGUGGGGGACAGAGACCUGGGGUUUCCUCCCCAAUUGGUUGGACAAUCCCGAGCCCUGUGCCCAGCGUAUUUACACGUCCAGCACACUAUCCCAUACCGGCCUGGCGUGAAUUUAUAGAACCAAUACAGCAAGUCCCAUUCUCGUUUAUUCGGCUCUGCCUCCAAUUCCCAAUUUUCCUCUACUUCUUCUUCUGGGUCCCGUGCCCGAACCUGCUCCUUCUCUUUCCUUAUCUUGGUCCUCCUGGGGUCCCUGGCUACGCUACACUUUAUUCUGUCCCAAAGUCGUUCACUGUUGCGAGCUGCUUCAAUGGCCGCGGCCAGGGUGCUCAGUCCUUCCUUCAGAACGUCACCCCGCAGUUCAACGCAUCCAUAUAUGCGUCGGCUAACAGAGCUUUUAUCGGACCACUGUUUCGGGUCGCCGGCUCCGGGGACGCCAGUGCCGCUAAGCCCGCUAUUCUCUCGCCCAGAUCCUCCAUCGCUUCCCUAACUUCUUAA